GGAACAAUUAAACUCGAAGACGUGACACGACCUAUGUGAUUACUAGAUCUGACGAACUCCUGCUGGGCGUAGGACUGGCGACAUACUUAACGUGACGUCGUACUCUACAACUGGACGAGACUCUCGAAUGACAACUGGACGAGACUCUCGAAGGACUUUGCAUUAUAUCAUCUAAGGUCGAUUCGUAUUUCAGAAAGGGUGCGGCAUGCUUGCUCCUCAUGUAGGCUUUGAGGAAACCGAACACUACUCCCCUCCGUGUGAUGGCAACCUUUCCUGGGAGAAUGUGAAUCCAAUAUCGGAUGAUGCCCUGCAUCGCACGAAUUCACUGUCUUGCGUCCUGAACCUGGCAACUUCAUCCGCGCCUUCCUUGAACCUCAACCCAAGUCUCACAUGUAUCUAUCUGUACACUGUAAGAUGCUGUCUCGCUCCCGUUUCGGACAUAGGCAUGUGAAACUUUCCUCGCCGCUUGAUGUUGUUUUGGCUUAAUACGCCAGCAGUGUGCUGGAUGAACUCGCCGCUGACCGCGUCCGUCCACCUAGCGAGGAGGCCACCGAGCUGUUUUUGCCGUCAAUCUCCGACUGAAGGAUGCCGCGGCGUUCCUUCACAAAUGAAUGCCAUAAACUGACCCUCCCUAUGGUGGUAUUGUCAC